AUGGCUAAAAAGGAUGUUAAGCCCAGGCUGAUUCGAUGGGUUUUGUUGUUACAAGAGUUUGAUUUGGAAAUCAAGGACAAGAAAGGAACAAAAAACCAGGUGGCGGAUCACCUUUCGAGACUAGAGAACAUUGAGACCCAAAGAAAGGAGAAAGAAAUAGAAGUCUGCUUCCCUGAUGAAAAAUUUAUGGUUAUGUGUGAUAAAGAACCAUGGGUUGUGAGUGCCUAUCAUUUACUGACCAAUGGUCAGGCCAAAGUGUCUAAUAGGGAAAUCAAAUUCAUCUUGGAAAAAGUGGCCAACACCUCCAGGAAGGAUUGGGCGCAAAGGCUUGAUGAGGCUCUUUGGGCCUACCUCACUGCCUAUAAGAUGCCCAUAGACAUGUCCCCAUAUGCGCUGCUAAAUUUGGACUUAGCAAAUGCAAGAGAUGCGAGAAAACUUCAGUUGAACGAGUUAGUUGAAUGUCACACCACCACAUACGAAAAUGCUAAGCUCUACAAGGAACAGAUGAAGAAAUGGCACGUUAGCAAAAUCUGUGAGCUCAAGUCACGGUGGUCUGAGCCUUUCAUUGUGAAAGAAGUUUUCCCCAAUGGUGUCGUUGAAUUAUCAAGUGAGGAUGGAAGUAAUGUAUUCAAGGUCAAUGGUUAG